AUGGCGUCGAGCGUGGCCGCAGAAAGCAAACGGGCUGCAAAUCUAAACGCCUGUUCCAUUUACGGCAGAGUGCCAUCGGUCGGGAUGGAUCGGACAAGAAUCACGUUUUGCACAGACGUAGACAAAUCUGUGAUCGUACACAACUUCGAGAAACGUGGUUGGACUCAGGUUGGUCCGGAAGAUGAUUGGAAUUUUUAUUGGGCUGUUACGCAAUCCUGUAGGAAUAUCUUCAGCGUUGAAACUGGAUACAGGAUGGAUGAUAAUCAAAUCAUUAAUCACUUCCCAAAUCACUAUGAACUCACGCGCAAGGAUCUGCUGGUAAAAAACAUCAAGCGAUACCGAAAGGACUUAGAAAGAGAGGGAAAUCCAUUGGCAGAACGCGCAGAGGGUCCAGGCAAAUAUCUGUACCUCGACUUCAUACCUGUCACUUUCGUCUUGCCUGCAGAUUACAAUAUGUUCGUGGAAGAAUAUCGCAAGUCCCCGCAGAGUACCUGGAUUAUGAAGCCAUGCGGCAAAUCACAGGGUGCCGGGAUAUUUCUCAUCAAUAAGCUAAGCAAACUGAAGAAGUGGUCACGCGAAGCAAAGACACCAUUCAAUCCAAACUUGACAAAAGAAUCAUAUGUCAUAUCCAGAUACAUCGACAAUCCACUGUUGAUCGGCAGCAAGAAAUUCGAUCUCCGAUUGUACGUUCUCAUCACGUCCUUUCGGCCGCUCAAAGCAUAUCUCUUUAAAUUAGGAUUCUGUCGAUUCUGCACCGUCAAGUACGACACAAGCGUUCAAGAGCUGGACAACAUGUACGUGCAUCUAACAAAUGUGUCCGUGCAAAAGCAUGGCGACGAGUACAACAGCAAGCACGGCGGUAAGCUAAGCGUACAGAAUCUACGUUUGUACUUGGAGAGCACGCGCGGGAAAGCGGUUACAGAGAAGCUGUUCGCCAACAUUUCCUGGUGCAUCGUGCACUCACUGAAAGCGGUAGCACCGGUGAUGGCAAACGAUCGACACUGUUUCGAAUGCUACGGAUAUGACAUCAUCAUCGAUAAUAAGUUAAAACCGUGGCUGAUCGAGGUAAAUGCCUCGCCGUCUCUCACAUCCACGACAGUGAACGACAGGAUCUUGAAAUAUAAAUUAAUCGACAAUAUCAUAUCGGUGGUUCUGCCUCCGGAUAGUAUGCCCGACGUGAAAUGGAAUAAAUUACCUUCCCCGGAAGCUUUGGGUAACUUCGAAUUACUGCUGGACGAAGAGCUGGCAGUUCAGGACGAGAGAGAGAGUUCAUUGAGCAAAUAUCGCGGUUCUUCUCUUAACAAGUGGAAAUAAAUCUCAUCCUUGUAUGAUUAUUCAUUCGAAUUAUAGUUCCCUAAAAUUCCAUUUCAUUUUAAAACAAUUACUUACAAUAUUAGGUAAAUUAUUGGCGCGCCCGCUAUUAAAAGUUGAUCGCAUCGAAGCGAAGUUACGAAGAAAAUCCUUGAUGGAGAUUUACGUUAACAAACAAGUUUAUUCACUGUAUAAAUAUGCUACAUAAUAGACUACGCAAGAGAACGCACGCGCGCGUCAAUUGUGAGGAUGUAAAAAUAAUAUAGGCAGUAAUAUUUCUCAGUCUUCCGCACGUAUGAAAUGAGAAUAAUAGUAAUUUAUUAUUACGUUCUUUUUUUCUUUUCUCUCGAAAGGUGUUUCGAAAUCGCAAUGCGAGGUAGAAGUCCUUGCGAUUCUUGCGUAUUUUGUACAGGCUGUGAUACUGUUACGUGUAUCAUAUAAAACUAUUGUACAAUUUAUGGCACAGUUUCCCGAGACAGCGAUUACGCUUGAAGCGCCAAAACGAACGAACAAUGAAUGCGAAAUUGGAAAGUUGAAUUUCGGAAGAUCGAUAUUUUUAUCUCCAUAAAUGAUGAAAAAGAAUAAAAAUUACUGAAAGAAUAACAGGGAGAGAGGAAGGUUCUUAGUCAAAAUGGAAGGCUGAAAAGAUCUCACAUACUGUAAGAUCAACAGCGAAACUUUCCUGUGCUUGUGUUUCUUCACUAACAGCCUCCCCCCCUUCCUGGUUUCCUUCAAAGAACUUACAAGAGGAGUAAGAAGGAUAAUGUGAUAAUGAAAAAAUAAAUAGCCAGAAAAAACCAAAAGAUUCGGAAAAUACGAACGAAACGUUCGCUCACCAGGCGACACGAAACAGAGUUCUAAUUUCGCAUUCGUUGUUCGUUCACUCGCCGUAUACCUGUUUUUAUACAGGAACAGAUAUGUGCGUUAACGAUAAGUCGUUUCUGCAUUAACAUGGUAUAUACAUCGUAUGACGCGCAGUUACAAAAUAAACAUGUAAAAUACAUUGAUUAUUGCUAAAAGAUUUCGAUAAUUUCUGUGUUACUACGUCUAGUCUGUGUAUCUGUAUGAAUAUAUGCAUAUAUGCAUGUGUAAAUGCACGAAGACGGAUGUGAUAUGUCGAACUCUCGUAAAUAUAUUUUGCAAGAUAACGAUAACUAUCAAACGAAUAAUUAUUAACAGGAAACGUAGUAAAAAUAUCUUAUGGCAAAAAGGCGAAUAUACCGCUUUUUUCUCU